UCAGCGAACUGUUAUGCAUUAUCUCGCUUCCUGUGUUAUUAAUGAAUGUAUUGGAGGUUUGACAUUUGAAUCACACACACAGCUUCUAUAUGACAUGGAGUAACAUACAUAAGGAAUAGUGAUUUUGUUUUAAUAAUAAAUAUAUUGGAAAUAUUUACUGUUUAUUUACAUAUCGUCUGCUCAAACGGUAGCGAUCUAAAUAUAAUCUGCUUUGUUUCGGUUGCAGCCGUGUCCCACAUUCGGACGUAUAUGUAAACAUUGUAUGAAGUAAGUUUAUAUAUUAGUUGAUAUAGUGGAGAAAAUACAAAAUUACGGGGCCUUCUUAUGAAACUAUGGGGGACUACAUGUCCCCUAAAAGGAGAGACGUUAUUGACAGGCUUCGUCGACGUUUUGAAGUGUACAGACGUCGACAGAACGGGUUCCAGCAACGUUAUGAUUUCGGACAGAGGUCUAUUUAUGAGCAAGAAAGGCAGCAUGCCCUGGUAUUACGUCAAAAAUGGCUUGAAAGUAAAGCAAAAAAGGCUUCAAAGAGCAAAUCAAAGGCGGACAAUAGCGGUUCAGAUCACCGAAAUCAAAACGUAGCGAAACGUCUAAAGCAUAAGAUAGACAACAAUUCCUUGGAGAACACUAAUCAUCUUCAGAGUCAUCCAGAAAAUGUUUACCGCUUUGAAGACGAUGAUGGUCCUCCACCUGCUAAAACUCUUGCCACUUCCGCCAAUAACUCGUCAACAGAUGGCGGUAUUUCAUCCAGCGUCUCCGUGCAUAUAGUUCAUCAAAUAAACAGUGGAAAUUCGAAGCAAGAGCCAAAGAUCUCUACUAAUGUUACUGUGAACCAGACUAUUAAAUCCAAGACCGAGACUGAAACGGAUGUUCAAACUAAUGUAGAAUGCAAGCAAGAGCCUAGUGACGAAUCUAAAAUUCAGCCAAACUCUAGUGUUAAUAAUAACAAUAAUAACUCGGAUUUAGAUGAAUCGGAUCUGACGGAUAUAUUGAAUAGUUUUGAAAAAGACGAAGAUUUGCCUCAAGAUAUAAUAGAUGAAUUAAAUAAGUUUGAUGAAAUUUACCGACACGUUCAGGACACUGAAGAAAAUGUCAGUGGUUUGAAAUCAUCAGAUUCAAGUGGAAAUAUGUUUGCCUCAAAUAUGUAUGUUGACCCUAGUCAGGGGCAGGCACAGGUUCGAUCCCCACAGUACCGGGGAACUCAGUCACACACUGCUCAGCCUAUGACAGAAGGUGGUUUGGCUGCAGAAACUCUGAAACAAAUGGCAGCGCAGCAUCAACAGCAUCAUCCUGGUCAAGAACAGUUUGGUGUCAAGUCUGCAGUUGACCCUUUUAGUGAUUUAUCAGAAACUGGCAACUUUGCCAGGAAUGGAUACUCGCCGCAGGAUUAUUAUAGUGGUUCGUACCAAAAUCAGCCUAGUAUUGGUUAUCCGCAAGGUAAACAAUCAUUGCCAGCGUAUGGCCCUAAUACAAAUAAACAAUUAGCGCAUUAUGCUCAUAACACCCCAAGUUCUCAAGCGGACACAGGUCCCUCAUCUCUACAACAGCUUCAAAAUCAGGUUGCUCAUUUCAACCAAGGACCUCAAAUGGAAAUAACUCAAACACAACAUAUGCAGGUCUCGGAUGGUUCUCAUCGUAUGCAAAUGUCUCAGACACAGCAUGUUCAACUUCGCCAACCGUUCCCAAACAUUUCUCUCACCCAGCAACAAGGUUUCGCUGCAUCGCCGCCAAGUGCUGUUCCAAAUUCUUCUCAGUCUCAAACGUUUAUGCCAAGUGAUCAAAUGACAAUGCAACAGCAGCAGCAGCAACAGCAGCAGAUGAUGCAAAGUAAGAUGCACACGGAUCAAAGGCAGGCGCAGAUGCAGCAAUAUAUGAAUCGACCACCCCCAGAAUACAAGAUGCAGCACAGCAUGAAUGGAGGAAUUCCUUCAAAUAGCAUGGGACCAAAUCCGCUGCAGACAAUUCAAAACAUGGUGAAUCAAACAAAUACUCAUCAAAAUCAGGGUUAUUCUUCUGUGAAAAGUGAGGCUAGUGAGAUGCAAAAUGGCAUGCGGACUGCACAAAUGUCAGCCAUGCAACAACAACAAAUGGGGAUGCCCUUGUCUCAGACCCAACUGAACUACUCAAAUCAGUCAAUGCAGAGACAGGCGUCAUUUCCGGGUGCUCUGUCUCAUCAUAUGACUGGACGGCCACAAAGGCCGCCCAACGCCCCCACAUAUACUAGUGCAAUUAUGAGAAAUCAAAGACCUCCAAAUGUUAACAUUGGACCUGAUGGACUUAACAUCUCACAGCCUAUUGUUGGUAAUCCUCGGCAGCCACAAGAAUGGCCAAGAGGUAUGAACCCGAUGUCGGCACAUGCUGUACGGCACGGCGUGCCGACCACGUCUGCAGGAAUGAUGCAAUAUCGAUCUUUCUCGUCCGAUGGACAUUCGGCAACAGCUGCUCAAAUGCAGAUGCAUCAUCAAAGUCAGCGGACAAUGCAUAUGGACCCGAUGCAGUCACAGCAGGCGGCCAUGAUGCAAAGCAACGCGCAUGCGCAACAAAUGAUGAUGCAACAGCAACGAAUGCAAAUGACGCAACAAAUGGGACAAAGUACUAUCACUAGACAAACUCCACCUUACGGUAUGACGUCACAACAAGGGAGUAGUUUCCCUCAAUCAAGUACUUCUCAAGAGGAUAUUUUGAAUCUUUUAGACACUGCGCCGAAUCAGAACACUGAUUUCUAUGACGUUCCAACUUCCGGUGGCGCUUCGGAAGCGAACUGGUAUGAUAUUGAAGAUAUUUUAGGAAAUCAAAAGUGAUUUCUUGAAAAAAGUAGACAUCAGUUGAUGAUUUUAAGUGUACACAUGUUACAUGUAAAGUGCUGUUUUUUAAAGUGUAGCUAAAUUAACGUGAAAUCUGGUGUUGGCAGAAGACAAAAAAGGAGCAGAAAUGAUUUUGUCUUCUGCUUUGUUGGAUUCAAACUGCCGAAUAGCAUUGCUAGACGUGGUUUUUCGUGCUGGGAGUCAUUAGAUGAAGAAUCAAUAUGUGCAUUCCAAUGAACAGAGAGCAAAUAAAUGGGUGUCUAGCUACUGAUGUUCUAAUGAAGAAAAUUCUUUUAUCUAUUUCUAAACAAACAAAAAAUAAAGAAGAAUUCUCCCAACUGCUUGUUAGAAGAGGGUUUUCGUGAGAUAUUCGAACUAUUAUUUAUGGAUAAUUACAAACGUUUCAACUUAAUGUUUGUUUUUUCUAGAUUUAAAAGAUUUGAUCUUAAGGUAGGAAUUAAAGUUGAUGGGAAAGACAGUUUUAAAGCAGCAUGCCUCCAGAUUGAUGUGACAUGUUUGUUUGUUUAUGAAAAUUUGAAAAGUUGCUCAACAUAAGAAGUAAACAAAUGAUUUUCAUAAACAAUUUUUGAAGUAUUUGAAUCAUACUAAAGUGAACAGAUAUUAAAAUGAUUUGAGCUAAGAUCUAAGGUUUUUUACUCCUGACAAAAUAUGCAUAUACAUUUAAAAUGCUAAAAAAAUAAUUCAUAAUAUAUGCAAUAAUAGUAAGCCCUGUAACAUGUAGAUGUGAUGAUACUUUUAUUUUAAUUCAGUCAUGCAUAUGUAUUAAAGGAAGUCCGCCUUGAGAAUGAAAUUUUACAUAGAUAAAUAGAAGAACUUAAAAGAGGAAAAAAUUGAAAAGAUAAUUAAGAAAUAUACUAAAGAUUAAAUUGAAAUUUAAUUGUUAGUCCUAUUUAAGUUGAAAGUGCCGAAAAACUUUUUUAUUUUUAGGUCAAUUUUGCAAAACUUAAAUGAGUAUUCAGGAAAAACAGAUUGAGUCAAGUGUUAUGACAUUUUGCACUAAAAUUAUUCUUUCAGACCUUUAUCAAAUCAAAUAUUUAAACAAAUUGUCCAAUUCUGUCAUGUCAAUAUAUUUCAGAAAUUUUAUAACUUCAAAAAAUGUUUUUCUUAAAAUGUUUGAGUUUUACAUAUAUGUAGAUAAUUUGUUCAUAAAUCUGGAGUUGUGCUGCUUUAAAAGUUAUUUUUGUACAAUUGUGAAGUCAGAAUGUUUAACUAUAGUAUCUUAAUAUCUAAUUACAUUUCUUAAGACAAUACAAAGAUUUGGUAAGACAAAUAAAAGUUGAUUAUACAAUGCAUAGGAGGACUUUUAAAGCGGGAUGCCUCCAGAUUCAUUAUUAUUUUUAUGAAAAUUUUGAAAAAUGUAUUUAAAAGUAACAUUGUGAGUUGAAUAAAGACAGUUAUACACACACUGCAAAGGACACUUACAAUCCACGUAAAUUACCAAAAAGGGGUCAACAUAAGCAAAAAUAGCCCUUACUGUGUUAGUCACGCGAUAAAUACUGCAAAGUCGGGUAUUAAUCGCACAUAAUGUGAUACUUAUUGAUUGAAUACAUU